CCUGUUUAAACGGAAAGGACAGAGAUCCUGUCUGUUCAAUGUAAAAAAAAAAAGAAGAAGAAAAAAAGAAAAGAAAAAAAAAGCAGAUCAGACCGAGAGAGACAGAGAGAGAGGGAGAGAGGAGAGGGAGGGGGGAGAGGAGAGAGAGCGCGAGCGCGAGCGAGCGAGAGAAGAGGAGAAAGAGAGAGAGAGCAGAGCGAGAGGAGAGCGAGGUGUGGAGAAACCGAGGGGAGAGAACCCGAGUGUGUGUAUGCGUGUGCGUGUGUGAGCGCGAGCGAGCGAGCGAGGGAGAGGAGCGAGAGAGUGCGAGCGAGAAAGAAUAAAAGGAAAGAAGAUUUUCUCUAUGUAUAUAAAGAUGGCCACGUUAGCAAACGGACAGGCUGACAACGCGAGCCUCAGUACCAACGGGCUCGGCGGCAGCCCGGGCAGCGCCGGGCACAUGAACGGAUUAAGCCACAGCCCGGGGAACCCGUCGACCAUUCCCAUGAAGGACCACGAUGCCAUCAAGCUGUUCAUUGGGCAGAUCCCCCGCAACCUGGAUGAGAAGGACCUCAAGCCCCUCUUUGAGGAGUUCGGCAAAAUCUACGAGCUUACGGUUCUGAAGGACAGGUUCACAGGCAUGCACAAAGACAAAGAAACAGAGGCACAGAGUUUAAGUGCCCUAACUUCCCAGGGCACAGAGCGAGUAAGUGGCAGGACCAGGAUGCCAAACUGUGCUCCCAAGAGUCACAUGCUUGGUUAAGAGUGCUUGGACCCAUUGUGGUUAAGUGCCCGUGUCCCCGAAUGAGCAAGUCUUCCUAGCUGGGCCUCAACCUUCCUGUGCAUAGACCAGAGCAGCCGGCUCAUGAAGUUCAGUGGGUACACAGUGAGCACUCAAUAACGAGUGUUUAUUUAUUGCUUCUGUUUACAGCUCUAUUCCCAAAGUGAAUUGUUUGUUUAACUAAGGAGCAUUUACCUUUAUUACAGUCAUUGGUAAAUAAAAUUAUAUUUGCAUUUCC